AUGGUGUCUAGGGGAAUCGACGCUGCCGCAGCCGAGCGGCUGGGAGCUCUCCGUUUGCUUCUUCAGGCUCAUCAGCUGGAUGGCUUGAUAGUUGAUGAUGCAGAUGCUCAUGGUAGCGAAAUUCCAGCUAGCGCCUUUGCCCGUAGGACAUUUUUGUCUAAUUUUAGUGGCUCAAAUGGAUUGGCUCUUGUAACGAGAGACAGUGCAUUCCUCUGGACAGAUGGAAGGUACUUCUCUCAGGCAGAGCAGCAGCUGCCCGUGGGAUUAUGGCAGCUCAUGAAAUCGGAUUUCGGAAACACGCCAACGCUCACUCAGUUCCUAAAACAAGAAACGAAAAUUCGGCGUCUCGGUGUCGAUGCUUUUACAACUUCACUGGGACUCCUUAGCCAGAUAAAGGAUGCCGGUUUCAACGUUCAGCGAGAGGCUCAAACCCACCAGGGGAGCCAGGACGAGUCUGUUAGGCACAUCAUUCCUCUGGAUCGAAACCUUGUUGAUGAGAUAUGGGGUGUCCAGAGGCCAGUCCUCCCCUCAAGCUCCGUGUACGUGCAUCCAAAGGAAUUUAGGGGACUGUCUACGCGGGAAAAGGUGGCCAGGACGGUCCAGACGAUGGCAAAGGAAGGCGCAGAUCUUCUGCUGCUCUCGAGUCUUGACGAAGUGGCGUGGCUUACGAACCUGCGAGGAUCUGAUUCACCAAACAGCACUGUCUUUUAUUCCUACGCCUUAUUGGCCAAAGGCCCUAAUGUAGCUUCUGCUGAGGAUCCCCACUGUGCGAAACCGUGUCCCUGGCGCCUACUGGUGUACACGGACCCUACCAGGGUGUCCUCUUCGGCCAAGGCGGAACUGGCGACAGAAGGUGCUGUGCUAAGGCCUUAUGAAAGCCUCGCCAGUGACCUACAGCUCCUCCUUACCUGGGAUCUUAGCCAGCAGCAGCAGCAGCUGCAGCGAGAGCACCAGCAGUUGCCGGAGGAUCUGCAGCAGCAGACGCAUGAGGGCCUGCUCGGUGCUGUUGAUUGGCUUCUCGCUGGCGGCGACAAAACACAUCAGGAACCUAGGUCGAAGCUGCAGAUAGCAGGGGCCCUUGAUGAGCAGCGAGUGGCUUGGCUGGAUCCCAAAAUAAACUUGGCAAUACACCGCAUUCUGGCUGACUCGAAACGCCUUAUCGUUAAGGACACACCUGUCUCUGUUGCUAAGGCUGCUAAGGAUGAGAAGGAACUCAAAGGGAUGGCCGAGGCUCACGAGGAUGACGGGGUGGCCCUGGCCACUUUCUUCUGCUGGUUUGAGAAACAACUGCUAGCCAAUGCCAGAGCGACAAUGACGCCGCCGCAGCAGCAGGAGCAUGGUGGACAAGAAUGCAUCCUGACAGAAUGGACGCUGAAGGAAGCCGUAGAUGCAUCCAGAGAGGCCAUGUCUGAUCUGUUUAGGGGUACUUCCUUUGCAUCAAUAUCUUGCUUCGGUUCCAAUUGUGCGUUAGCCCACUACAGGCCAGGCCCGGAGACAAGUCUGCAGCUUAAGGCCCGCAUGUCCGAGCCUGAAGGGUUGCUAUGCGUUACAGUAAGGGGCCCAGGUGGGGAGCCUGCCGCUCAAAAUGAAUCCCCAAUAUUCUUGCUGGACUCGGGAGGACAGUAUCUCACAGGAACUACAGACGUUACCCGCACGCUUCACCUUGGCGAGCCCACAGAUGAACAAAAGGAGGCCUACACACUCGUUUUGAAGGGGAUGAUAGGACUGAGCGCUCAAAAGUUUCCUGAGGGCUCAAAAGGACCACAAAUCGAUGCACUAGCGAGACAACACCUUUGGAACAAGGGCCUCGAUUAUAUGCACGGGACGGGACACGGAGUUGGGCACUUUCUCAACGUGCAUGAAGGCCCUAUAGGCAUUUCUCCCCGUCUGACGGGAGCGGCAUCGCUUCAUGAAAUGCAGCCUGGCUCUGUCCUCUCCAUCGAGCCUGGCUUUUACAAGGAUAAAGCCUUCGGCAUUCGCAUAGAGAACCUUGCGGCGGUGAAACCGAGUGGACUCAGCCACCGCGGCAGGCGGUUUUUGGAAUUCGAUUCUCUUACCCUCGUACCCAUUCAAGCGAGACUUAUCGACGCCUCUCUCCUUACGCGCCAGGAAAUAUCGUGGCUUGACGCCUACCACCAGCGUGUUUUCACGCGCAUAUCUUCUCGCCUUGCAACGAAAGGGAAGGAUUUUCCCUUUCGCCCGCCUCUUCCGCAGGCGGUGUCCGUCACCAGCGAGGAGGUGCGCGCGUGGCUGAAGAAGAACACCCAGCCUUUGCACGAACUCUUGCAGACUGAGUGGCCCUGA